AUGCUAUGUCUUCUUAAGUUUGGAAAUAUACAGUCCCUCCCCUUACAUACACAGAAUACCCUGCAGGCACGUUAUAUGGAGCUGACUCUGUCGACGGCCUUUGAAGUGAAUAUUUCUUUCUUCGGCCGUUGCGGGAAAGUACUGAGUGAUGUCCUUCUCCUCUCGCCCGGCGAGGGCCUCGUCGCCAACCUAAGAAGCAAGUCAGUCACGCGCCAAAGUGAAUUGGCAAAAACGCGAAGACUGGACCACACCCAGAACACAACGCUUCCAGAGUUCCUUGACGCGUGCCACCAACAUCUCUUUCUUGGUCUAGAUGUCCAGAAAGACAAAAAAAUCACAACAAAGGGUGACCCCGCGAACGCCGAACAGAAACUCCGCCCAGACUACAUUCGAGAAUGGAGCAAUUUCCCACUGGAGCAAUCUAAGAUAUGGAAGACGCUGAUGAACGCUGAUUUCGUCACCGAGCGCCACUUUACGCCGCUGCUGGUGUUGGAGGACAACGGCAGAGACCUGCGACAGCGGAGUCUAAGCUCGGAGCUUGAUCUAGGGUACUUUGAACGGCAAACAGUUGAGAUGCGUGUUGCGUCAGUCAUCAAACAGCUACACACAAACACUCGACUUAGAGAGACAUUUCAACUAAAGGGAGAUGUUGCAUUCGAAAACCAUGCGAAUACUUUGACGGACGAGAGAAUACUUGUGACGGAUAUGAGCUCUAUGAGUCUGAAGCCAGCUCCCCUACGGCGAUCUGGACGCCUUGCCGCGAAAUCGGAAGGGACGGCAUCCCUCCCUGCAGCAACCCGCCAAGACAGCCAUCAGAAAUCCCGGCAGCAAAAGGUCGCGCGACCCAAGGCGGAUCAGUUCUGUGUGUACAACAAGGGCAUAUCCGAGAGAAUACCUUCUUUUAUCGUUGAGUACAAGGCGCCUCACAAGCUUUCUCUAGCGCACAUCAAGGCCGGCCUUGUCGACAUGGACCUGGAUGAUAUAGUCCGUCUCCAAGAAAAUGAGACCCCCGAGAUCACUUGCCGGCGGGUCGUUGCGGCAGUCAUCACCCAGCUUUAUUCGUACAUGGUCACAGGCGGUAUCGAAGUUGGCUACGUUUGCACUGGAGAAGCAUUCAUAUAUAUAUAUGUGAAGCGUGAUAAGCCGAACACCGCAUACUACUAUCUUUCUGUCCCGAAAGAAGACGUUGGCGAAUCCACCGGCUGGACAGCCGAUCCAGAUGGUGACAACCGCCUGCACCUCACUGCUUUGGGCCAAGUCUUGGCCUUCACUCUUCGUGCGCUGCAAACCACCCCACGGGACAAUGGUUGGAUUAAGUGGGCGGAAGCGAAAUUGAAGAGAUGGGAGAUGGUAUAUGACGAUAUUUUAGGCGAAAUUGAAGAGAAAGACAUCCCAGCUUCCGACUUUAAGCCCGCGACUCGGAGCCGAGAUAAAUAUUUGCGCAUGUCCCCAGUGAGGACAAGGUCAAGACCUAUUCUAGCCGGCGUGGCUUCUUGCAACCCUCUACAGCACACCAUACCAUCGGACGACGAUGAAAAUUCGGACGGGGGGUUCGAUCCCAAUACACCGAGCCGAAGCCCCCGUGAGCCAGGAGCUGCCAACUCCUCGAGUCGCCGGGCUGCCACUGAAGCUUCGAGAGUUACAAGUACCACAGAAACAGUCCGGGAGUACUGCACACAGCGUUGUCUGCGGGGCUUAAGAACACAAGCUCCACUAGACCCGACUUGUCCAAAUGCAUCGGAUCAUGGCGUCGAUCGGCAUCGAUUGAACCCAGCCGCGCUUAUUCGUCGAUUAUCCGAGCAAUUCUGCCCUCAGGAUCUGCAUUCAGAUACACAGCUAGGGUGCAAAUCACUUCACACGCAUGGAACUCGCGGCGCUUUAUUUAAAGUGACCCUGCUCUCCCACGGAUAUACUUUUGUUGGCAAAGGCGUGCCGGCAGAAUUUGUCGCUGGUUCUAAGCAUGAAGAAUCUGUAUACGCUCAUCUGACUGAUAUACAGGGUACACACGUACCUGUGGUGUUGGGUGGGCUGGAUGUUCCUUUGUUUUACUAUGACGGCAUCGUGCAAAUUGCGCGUUUAAUGCUUAUGAGCUAUGUCGGGGCUCCAAUUGCGAGAACUAUAAGGCAAUGCCCUGAACGUCGUGAUCCGCUAAUCCGCAAGGCCGAGCUCUCAUUGCGAGCUGUGCAGAAGUGUGGUGUUUUACACUGCGACCCAAUACCCGAUAACAUCUUGUGGGAUAGCAGAAAUGAUCGGGUUAUGCUGAUCGAUUUUGAGAGAGCGACCUUCCCGGAGCAACGAAUGCCGCUAAUGCCGCUAAUGCCGAUGUCGUCGAAUCGGAAGCGUUGGCGGGUCGACGAAUCCGCCAAGAGCCAAAAGGAGGCGCUUACUUUCAAUCGCGAGGUUCGGAAGUUGCGAAGUAACCUGUCUUAA